AUGGAGCUUCUUGCUAUUCUCCAUGGUUUGAGGAUUGCUUGGGAUCGUGGCUUUCGUAAGGUUGUCUGUUACUCAGAUUCAUACCUUGCGGUGGCCCUCGUUACUGAUCCCCCUUCUCCCUUUCAUGUGAUGGUAGUUUUGAUUCACAACAUUGUUGACAUGCUUCAUCGCUCUUGGGAAGUGCGCCUGCUUCACACUCUUCAUGAGGGCAAUUUUUGUGCGGAUUUCUUAGUUAAAAUGGAAGCUCAACAGGACUCUGGCUUCCUCCUUGUCCAGGAUCCCUCUCCGGACUUGGAGCCUUUGUUGUUAGCGGACUCCAUGGGUUCAGUCUUUAUAAGGCUGUAG